AUGCAUACUCUCACUCAAGUACCUGCCCCAAUAAAGCAGCUGUUCGACGCUCUGCCGCUGAGCCAGUACGGCCCAGUGCCCGCAACGGACGACGCCACUCUUAACGACCACGCCGUGCGUUCGUACCCGUUCCGCGGUGGGCCCACCGAUAACCAGCCUACUUUCCGGCUCGGCGUCUACGCGGUGGUCGAGCACGAGUCGGGCGCUUUCCUUGCACCGGAUCCAUGGUGCCUGCUUGCGCAGCUGGCCGUUUGCAAACGCAACGGGCUCCUCCUUCCGACCAGCACAUCGGCGCCCUCGAAGGGCAGUUGCGUCCUGCUGCUCUCGCGCUAUGCGGCCGCCGACAGACAGCUGCCGCUACUGGUGGAGACCUCCUCCCGCGCACAGCGCGGCGCAGGCGCAGUGCACGAUGCCGUCGCGGCCCGCAUCACAGACCCACACGCCGCGCUGCUCGCCACGCUGCUGAACUCUACGGUCUACGACGCCUAUAUGGCCACGCUGCUGUUCGAGUUGCCGGACAGCGAGCUCCUGCGGCUCUAUGGGGUCAGCGCCGAACCCCCGCUGCGCGUGUUCGCCGCACGCACACUCAGACUCGCCCUGGCCUCCCGCAACUCCUUCCAGGUGCGUAAUGCCAGACUCGCAUCUCACGCAGGCGCUUUCCCGACGCCCGCCACAGCGCCCGCCCGUCCGCUACUGGACGUCUUGCAGGCCCGCGGCUCCCGGACCUUGCUCCAACUCCAGCAGCUGUUGCACGACGGCCAAUUCUUCCCCGCGCCAGAUUCCGACUGCGGCCCCGGCUAUCUGGAUCUCGCUGUCGCUAGCUACGUUUUCGCCAUCUCGCUACUACGGAGCUCCGCCCUCCACCAAUAUCUAGCCAAGCACUGCCAACCCCUUUGCCGCCAUGCUGCCAGGGUAAUCAGCUGCUAUACUUAA